UGAUCCUGGUCCCCAUGAUGUCCCCUCAGUGGUCCCAGGGUGGCCUCAAUGUCCCCUGGUGAUUCCAAUGGUGGCCACAAUGUCCCCCAGGUGAUCCUGGCCACCAGUUCUGUCCCCUCAGUGGUCCCAGGGUGGCCUCAAUGUCCCCUCAAUGUCCCCAGGUGAUCCCAGUGGUGGCCACCACGUCCCCAGGUGAUCCCAGCCAUGGCCACCCCUCAGGUGCCACCCCCAGUGCCCUCCCAGUGCCCCCCAGUUUGUCCCUGUCCCCACCCUGGGGCUGUCCCAGUUUGCACUUUAUGGUCAAAUGUCCCCUGGGUCCUGUCCCCGUGUCCCCAGCGAGGAGGGGACAGCGGUGUCACCACCCCCCUGCCCUCUGUCCUUGUCCCUUCUCGGUGUCCCCACCCUGUCCAGGGGACAUCCCAGAGUGGUGACACCCCGAGUUUGGGGACACCGAGAUUUUGGGGACAUCCCAGAGUGGUGACACCCAAAAUUUGGGGACAUCCCAACUUGGGGACACUCGGAAUUGUCCCCCCAGGCUGCGGGGUGGAGGGACCCGGUCCCGUAUGAAGCCCCUGGGGACACCUUGGGGACAUUUUGGGGACACCUUGGGGACAUCCCCGGGGUCAUUCUGGGGACAUUCCCCGAACUCCAGAGCCUCUGGGAUUGGUGACAUCGAUGUCCCCAAGGUGGUGACAGAGCGCUGCGGGGUCCUGGCCCUGUCCCCACCCCUGGGGACACCUUGGGGACACUCUGGGGACACCUUGGGGACAUCCCUGGGGACACUCUGGGGACAUUCCCGGUGCUCUGGGAUUGGUGACAUCGAUGUCCCCAAAGUGUUGUCCCCUCCCCACGUCCCAAUGGGGGACACUGCAGCUCCUGUCACUCUUUUUUUUCUUUUUUUUUCUUUCUUUAUUUUUCUUUUAUUUCUUGUUUUUUUUCCGGCUUUUUUUCUCUGAUUUGAUUCGAUUUUAUUUUUCUUUUAUUCCGGUUUUCUCCUUGCUUUGGGAAGCUCCUCCCUCGCGGUGAAAUAACAAUCGUGGUAACCACACCCUCGGGUCGCUGAUUUACCCAUGUAUUUAAUGUAAACUAAAAAAAAAAAAAAACGAACAAGGACAAAAAAAACAAAGAAAAAAAAAAUCCCAAAAAACCAAAAAUUCCCAACUUUUUGUGUACUCAGGGAGGGGACGUGGUGACAACACCGGGGCCACCCGGUGCCAGCAGCGGCCCUGCCCUGAUAACGCUUAUCAGAGCUCGCAGCUGCCUCUCGGCUCCUUUUUUUUGCCGUUUUUUGCCGUUUUUUUCCCCCAAAUUCCCACCGGGAAAUUCGGGAGCGGCGCUGCCCCUUUAAAUCCGCGUGGCCGCUUUAAGACCCCCUCGGUGCUUCGCGUGGUGUUGCCGCUUUAAGGCGGCGCUGGUGGGGCCCACCCUGGGUGUGGCCACGCCCACUGGGCCCCCGUUAAAGUAAACAGAGGGGGCGUGGCCAGGUGGUCGCGCCCUCGCUGUGGCCACGCCCAUCGCCCCCCUCUUAAAAGGGCCUUGCCAGCGGGGACAUCGUUGGAGCGGAACCGUUACGCAGCGUCACCGGGAUCGUGUCCCGGUCCCGGUCCCGGUGCUCUCCCGUCCCGCCGCGAUGCUGCUGCUCCGGGCCGUGGCCGGCCGCAGGCUCCCGCCGCUGAUGCAGCUGCCCCGCCGCUAUUCCCGGUUGGCCGCCGGUAGCGCGGCCCCGGGGGGACACCGGGGAGCGGCCCCGGUGCUGGCGGCGCUGCUCGGGCUCGGGGCCGUCCUGGCCUACGGAGAGCGGCGGAGGAGGACCGCCCAGGCCGCCCAGGCCACCCCCGCCCCGCAGUACCCGCGCUACACCCGGGCCGAGGUGGCGCAGCACCGAACCCCCAACGACCGCGUGUGGGUCACCUACGGCACCGAGGUGUUCGACGUCACCGACUUCGUGGAGCUGCACCCGGGGGGACCGGACAAAAUCCUGCUGGCGGCCGGAGGAGCCCUGGAGCCUUUUUGGGCUCUCUACGCCGUUCACAGCCAGCCCCACGUGCUGGAGCUGCUCCGGGACUACAAAGUGGGCGAGCUGAGCCCCGAGGACGCCGCCAAACCCACGGGGGACACCGAGGACCCGUUCGCGGGGGACCCCCCGCGCCACCCCGCGCUGCGGGUGAACAGCCUGAAGCCUUUUAACGCCGAGCCACCCCCGGAGCUGCUGACCCAAAGUUUCCUGACCCCCAACGAGCUUUUCUUCACCCGCAACCACCUCCCGGUGCCCUCGGUGGAGCCGGGCUCGUACCGGCUGCGCGUGGAGGGGCCCGGUGGCCGCGGUUUGUCGCUGUCGCUGGCGGAGCUGCGCCAGCGCUUCCCGAAACACGAAGUGACGGCCACGCUGCAAUGCGCAGGGAACCGCAGAUCCGAGAUGAGCCGGGUCCGGCCGGUCAAAGGGCUGGCGUGGGACAUCGGGGCCAUCAGCACGGCUCGCUGGGGAGGAGCCCGGCUCCGCGACGUGCUGCUGGCAGCCGGGUUGGGCGACAAAACCGGCGAGGAUGGCGAGUGGCACGUGUGCUUCGAAGGGUUGGAUGUGGACGCUUCGGGGACGCCCUACGGAGCGUCCAUCCCGUUAAAACGAGCGCUCAGCGCCGACGCCGAGGUGCUGCUGGCGUACGAGAUGAACGGGCAGGAGCUGCCGCGGGAUCACGGAUUCCCGGUGCGCGUUUUGGUGCCCGGCGUGGUCGGGGCUCGGAGCGUGAAGUGGCUGCGGAGCGUGGUGGUGUCGCCGUCGGAGAGCCCGAGCCACUGGCAGCAGAAUGAUUAUAAAGGGUUCUGCCCGUCCGUGGAUUGGGAUUCCGUGGAUUUCAGCAGCGCUCCGGCCAUCCAGGAGCUGCCGGUGCAGUCGGCGAUCACCGAGCCGCGGCCCGGGGCCGCCGUGCCCGCCGGGGAGAUCACGGUGAAGGGAUACGCGUGGAGCGGAGGAGGAAGAGAGGUGGUCAGGGUGGACGUGUCCCUGGACGGCGGCCGCUCGUGGCGCGUGGCCGAGCUGGGGCCGCGGCCGGCGCGGGGCCGGGGCUGGGCCUGGGCGCUGUGGGAGCUGCGGGCGCCGGUGGCCGCGGGGACGCGCCUGGACAUCGUCUGCAAGGCCGUGGACAGCAGCUACAACGUGCAGCCCGACAGCGUGGCGCCCAUCUGGAACCUGCGCGGGGUGCUGAGCAACGCCUGGCACCGUGUGCCCGUCACCGUGACACGCUGAGGGACAUGGGGACAGCACUGGGGACAUGGGGACAGCCUUGGGGACAUGGGGACAGCAGGGACAUUGGGUACACAGUGG